CAUCUUCAACCCUUCACCAUGCCCUCCUGGUGCUGUUACUAUAUAAGGCCCAAAGACUUGGCCCUUCUGAAACGAUGUGUGAAGCUCCAUCAAGAACUUCCGACAUCCAGACAAAAUGAGACUCGCAGCAGCUCUUGCGUUUCUCGACGCACUGAUCUCUCUCGUAGCAGCUGAUGCCGCAAUAGACGUAACCGUUCCUCGUACCCCUGUGCAGAACGACUAUCCACCAAAUGGGCCUCAACUACCAGUUAAUCCUCCAGCAAACAAAACUUAUGAAUACAUCAUCGUUGGCUCAGGGGCUGGUGGUUCUCCCCUUGCAGCCCGUCUGGCCCUCGCAGGUCAUAGUGUUUUACUUGUCGAUGCCGGAGGCGACUAUGGCGCGAUACGCGAGGUCGAGGUCCCAUCUCUAUACAUAGGGGCAUCUGAGAGAAACGAACUUAAUUGGGGUUAUUUCGUACGGCACUAUGCCAACGAGACCCAGACCAAGAGAGAUAGAAAGCUGACCUACCUCACCCCCGAUGACGAAUAUUACAGUGGCGUCAACCCUCCCGACGGUUCUAAGAUGCUCGGAAACUAUUAUCCUCGGGUAGGCGGAUUAGGAGGCUGUACACAACAUCUAGCUCUUCUAGCCGUUUUGCCGGCGAAUGACGACUGGGAAUAUAUAAAAAACUUAACUGGAGAUCAGAAUUGGGACGCUGAAAACAUGAGGGGAUAUUUUAAGAUGAUAGAAAACAACCAAUACCUUUCCACGCAGGAAGAUGUAACCAAAGCUCAUGGAUUUGGUGGCUGGUUAUCGACGACGAUAGAGCCUAUGGGGCUGUUUGCGCCGGAUAUAAAAAUGGAUUCUAUUUUCCUAUCCGCAGCAUCUUCGAUGGGUCUUCAGACGAGUGGUCUCCUGAAAAGUAUCCAGCAAGCUGUUGGUAGCGUUGCCACAAAAGUUUUAUCAUCGAAUUCUACUGUAUCAAUCACGACCAACCUUUCCAAUCUUUUGGGCUAUGACAUCAACAACAACUCCCCGGACCGUGAUACCACUGAUACGCUUAGUCGCAUCCCCCUAUCCAUCAGCUCGCCUGACUGGAAGCGAUCCUCGCCUCGGGAUUUAGUAUACCAGGUCGCUACGGCGAAGAACGCGGACGGAUCUAGGAAGUACCGCCUAGACGUCGCGCUGCAUACGCUCGCCACUAAAGUAGUUUUCGACACUAACGGCACCACCCCGAAAGCUACCGGGAUCGAGUACCUGUACGGUGAGUCGCUUUACCGCGCGGACCCGCGAUCCAACGACACCGACUCAGGCACACCGGGCUCCGUGACGGCAUCGCGCGAAGUCAUCGUAUCAGGCGGAACCUUCAACACCCCGCAACUCCUGAAACUCUCCGGCGUCGGGCCCGCGUCCGAGCUCAAAGCCCAUAACAUCACGGUGGUGAAAGACGUGCCCGGCGUCGGCGGCAACCUGCAGGACAGGUACGAGGUCGGUGUAUCGGCCGAGGCGCCGCAGAACUUUACGCUCUUCGGCAACUGCACGUUCAUCACGACGGCAGACGACCCGUGCUACACCGCGUGGGCGCAGAACACCAGCAUCGCCGUCGCCCCCGUCGACGGCAACGGCAGCGACCCCGCGGUCCUCGCCCACGGGCCCUACGCCACGAACGGGCUGGCGAUGGGCCUAUGGACGCGUUCCACGGUCGCGGGCCCCGCGCACGACCUCUGGGCCGGCGGCGUGCCGGGCCUGUUCCAGGGCUAUUUCCCGGGCAUGUCGGAGACCGUGAUCACGCCCUCCUCCAAGAACUAUUUCACCUGGCUCGUGCUCAAGGCGCACUCGCGCAACAACGGGGGCACCGUGAACCUGACGAGCUCGGACCCGCGAGACAUGCCGAACAUCACGUUCCACAGCUUCGGCGAGGGGAAUGCGGAGUUGGAGCAGCUGGCGGAGCUGGACUUGCAGGCCGCGGUCGAGGGCAUGAAGUGGGCUAUCGGCGUUUUUGACGGGGUGCAGGCUUUUGGCGAUGGGGAGGGCACGGGAGAGGUCGAGCGCGUCUGGCCCCCGGCGAACGUGAGCUCGGAUGCGGAUAUUGAGCAGUGGGUUAGGGAUGAGGCGUGGGGGCACCAUGCUUCGUGUUCUUGUCCCAUCGGAGCUGAUAAUGACCCCAUGGCCGUCCUGGACGGGCAGUUGAGGGUUCGUGGGGUGGAUGGGUUGAGGGUCGUCGAUGCGUCGGCUUUUCCUAAGAUUCCUGGAACGUUUCCGGCGGUUGCUAUUUAUCAGCUCGCCUAUAAGGCGGCAGAAGAUAUCCUUGCGGAUGCGAAAUGAAUCUGUGAUUCUGUAUAGAUGGGCGGGUUUAUGGCGUAUAUACUAGAUAGAAUGGCUAGACGCCAUGGUACAUAGAUUUUUCUUUGUUUUUCCCUUCAACUUCAACUUCACUUCUUUUCAGUGUACCUUUUAGAUAUCUUAGCUCGCAUGAGCGCUUUUCUAUGUCGGGUCAUAUGCAUAUUCGAAGCUUGGGGUUUACUUAACGUAGCGCAUUAUAUAACUGAUUUCCUGUCUAUAGAUCAAUUGCAGGUCAACUGCUCAACUAUAGUUCUAUUGAAGAGGUCCAAUUAA